CAUCAUCACCUUGCAUCUAGUACGCAUUCACGCCCCCUGGACAAGAUCUCAACUCAAAACUGAAUUCUGCGUGCUGAAUCUCAUUGGAGAUUCGCCUCGCGAAGUCGUGGGGGGCGCGCGCGCACCGCCGUCCACACCACCACCAGGCGUAUAAAACAACCGCAAUAGCCGCGCACACUUCAUUCACAAACCCACAACCACACGACGCAACAAGUAUACGAUCGCAGAAAUUAUCAGAAAAACCAGCGGCUAACGUAUUUCAAACACACAACACACGUAAACAGUGACGUUCAUUCAACCACUACCGACGCGUGCAACCAGUGUUGUUAAAUUAAUCCUGUAAUACGCGCGUCACAAACGUAAACAAACAAUUCGAGAGGCACAUCAUCAUCAUCGGUUGAGAUUAAGAAGUGUGUCAAACCAGUGACUAGUGGAAUUGGUGUGUUUGCACACGAAUUAUUAUACAAUAUGAGGAAGAUUGUGUUGGUUGUCAUCCUGGUGGCGGUGUUGAUUGCGGCGAAUGUGCGGCAAACGCAGGCGAAACCGUUAUUAAAUCGAAUCAAACGUGUUUCGGAUCAACGCCUCGCCGAAUUGGAGACGCUCAUCGCCCUGGACCGACUUAAGGGCAAACUUAUCACCGUACCAGUUGGUAUUGGCCUGCCGUCAGAUCCUAGGAUAAUUGGUCGUAAACGCCGUACAGACGAAUCAAUCCUCCAGAACCUAUUCAACGCUAGCGAAGAGGACAUCAGCGACCAGGCAGCCAUCUUAGACGCCGAGGAGGCGGAGCUCGAGGCGAAGGAAGACACACUCUUGCAGCGCCUGCAAAGCCUGCAACACUUGCAGCACCUGCAGCAGUUGAGGCGACGCGCCGGCGAUCCACCGCGACGACUGCAACCGCCGCAAUAGAAACCUUUCGCAUUUUAACAUACGCAAUUCAAAAUGGCUGCGGCGCUGUAUCAGUAUUAACACACACACACACACAUGCAGACACAAUGUUAGCGUAAAGACACUUAAGUCAUAUCAUAUCAUAUCAAAUCUAAGAAGACAUGACAAAACUAUGUUUUUCUGUAGUAGUCAGUAUUUUAAGUACGUUUUAAGUCCGGAUCUGUAUAGUUUUAAGUAAUUUAUUACUAGUUUAGUAUUUAUUGGCGUUUUCUACUUAAUUUUCACUAUUUAUUUAUUUAUUGAUCGUAGACUAGAUGAGAAUCUCUAUGAAAUGUUGACUUUUAUGAGAUUUAUGCUGGAGACAGAAUAAUACAAAGCAGUAUAUACGAUGAAAUAUGAAAUAAACUAUUAUGACGUAAAUAA